AUGUUCAGCCACGAUAGAUUCGAUAUCGGCAGUUGUGAAGCUCCGAGUUUCCGCGCCAAACCUCCGACAUCUCAAAAACGACCAUCACCAACUUCCCAAGUAAAUUGCGGCCGGAACAAAGAGGCGCAAACGCUCAAGACUUUGAAGGUUGGGAUUCUUAUUCCCUGCUGGGCCGGUCGGAGACAGUUUACGCCACUCACCGAUAGGGAAGCCAAGGGCAAAACAUGGACGUCAAAUGACACCAAAACAUCUGUGGUCUUUGGACGGACGCCUUUUAAGGCUUCUACAUCACAUAAAGGUCCCACCAGGGCUUCCGGCCUGCCAUGCGAAGAAAAAAUGUAUAAAUCGAUUCGACUCCGCCCUCAUAUGCAGGAAGAGAGUCAAAUUUUUUAA